AUGCUUUGCCUCGUCGCGACGUAGCAUAGCAAUCACAGAAACCCUAGCUCCCCUUCCUUCCAUACUUCCGGCGGCGGCAACGGUUGAAACGGCGGAGACGGAUUACUUCAUGCUUGGAGCGCUCGUUGUGGAUUAUCGAUUACCGCACUGAUGGAUAUUGCUUCUCGAAAAAGCAUGCUUCUGAUUACGUACUCUGAGGAAAUUGUGGAUGGUAAACCAAUCUUAGUUUGCUCAAAUAGCCUUCCAAUUAAGGUGCAUCGAGAACCAGCAGGGCAUGCCUUCCAUGAUGCUGCACUUAAGCUGUCAGGCCACUUUGUGGAGGUGGAUGACAAGGACAAAGAUGAUGGCAAGACUGUUCUGGAAGAGAAAGAGAAUGUUUAUGUUCAAUCAUCAGAGUCAUACAGCAGUAAAGGAAAGAAGAAAUCUGCUGGUGAUUCAAAGCAGCAAGAUCAUUAUGCCUUGUUGGGGUUGAGUCAUUUGAGGUAUCUGGCAACUGAAGAUCAGAUAAGGAAAAGUUAUCGUGAGGCAGCUCUGAGACAUCACCCUGACAAGCAGGCUGCUCUUUUGCUCCUUGAGAAAACUGAGGUUGCGAAGCAGGCAAAGAAGGAUGAGAUAGAGAGUCUGUUCAAGUCCAUUCAGGAGUCAUAUGAGGUGCUGAUAGACCCUGUCAAGAGAAGAAUCUAUGAUUCCACAGAUGAGUUUGAUGAUGAAAUUCCCGUUGACUGCGCACCACAGGACUUCUACAAGGUCUUUGGACCUGCCUUCUUAAGGAAUGGACGCUGGUCUGUUAACCAGGCUGUCCCGACCUUGGGAGAUGAUAAAAGCCCAAUAAAAGAAGUGGAUAGUUUCUAUGAUUUUUGGUAUGCGUUCAAGAGCUGGAGGGAGUUUCCUCAUGCUGAUGAGUUUGAUCUGGAGCAAGCUGAGUCCCGUGAGGACAAAAGGUAUAUGGAAAGGCAAAAUGCUAAACUUUCGGAGAAGGCAAGGAAAGAAGAAUAUGCACGUAUACGCACUCUUGUUGAUAAUGCCUACAAACGAGACCCGAGAAUUUUGAGAAGAAAAGACGAUCUCAAAGCUGAGAAGGUAAGGAAAAGGGAGGCAAAGGUUUUGGCCAAGAAAAUGCAGGAAGAAGAAGCAGCUAGAAUUAUUGAAGAGGAGAAGAAACGGAAAGAAGAGGAGGAGAAGAGGGCCGCUGAAGCUGCUUCAAAUCAGAGAAAGAUCAAGGAGAAAGAAAAGAAGCUCCUUCGCAAAGAACGGACCCGUCUUCGAACACUUACAGCACCUAUUUUGUCCCAGCAUUUGCAUGGUCUUAAUGCUGACGACGUGGAAAGUCUUUGCUCAUCUUAUGAUAAAGAUCAGCUCAAAAGUCUAUGUGAUCGGAUGGAAGGGAAGGAAUUGGUUGAGAGUGGAAAUCUCCUAGCCGAGUGUCUCAACACUGAUCAGAAACCAAAAGAUGUGAAGGAAGUUGAAAACAAUUCUAAACCGAAUGGUUCUGUAGCUAUGAAUGGACAUGCUACUUACAGCAGCUAUGAGAAAAGAGAAAAACCUUGGACUAAAGAAGAGAUUGAUCUUUUGAGGAAGGGAAUGCUGAAAUUUCCUAAAGGAACUUCUCGAAGGUGGGAAGUGAUCUCUGAAUAUAUUGGUACUGGUCGGUCCGUGGAAGAGAUUCUCAAGGCUACAAAAACAGUACUUUUACAGAAGCCAGAUUCUGCUAAAGCUUUUGACUCCUUCCUUGAGAAAAGAAAGCCUAUGCCCAUGAUAGUAUCUCCUCUCACAACUAGGGAGGAGGUUAAGGGCACACCCAUUAACAUUGAGGAGAAUGAAUCUUCGGCUCCUGAUAAUUUGCCAGUGUCAUCAAAUCCUAGUGUAAACAAUCUGAGCUCUGGCGACAGUACUGCUGCAAAUGGAGUUUCCUCAGACCAAGAUUCAUGGUCCGUUGUCCAGGAAAAAGCUUUAAUCCAAGCUCUGAAAACCUUCCCAAAGGACACUAACCAGCGCUGGGAACGAGUUUCAGCUGCAGUUCCCGGAAAAAGUGUGGCUCAAUGUAAGAAGAAAAUCACUAUGAUGAAGGACAGCUUCAGGAGCAACAACAUGGAAGACAGAGGCACUGAGGACCUGAAGGAUUUGAAGGACUCGUCCAGUCAGAAUGAGGAAACGACCAAUGCCUCUGCUGACAGUGAAGCCGCUGUAAACGACAUUUCAUCUAGUUCUGAUGCAGAUAUGUGGUCCGAUGUCCAGGAGAAAGCAUUGAUCCAAGCGCUGAAAACCUUCCCGAAAGACACUAACCAGCGGUGGGAGCGCAUUGCUGCGGCAGUUCCAGGGAAAACAGUGAAUCACUGUAAGAAAAAGUUUGCAUCUCUAAAAGAGAACUUUAGGAGCAAGAAAACCACAGCUUAGUUUUUCACAAUUAUGGUAUUAUUGGUUGUGGAGAUGGAACCAGUCUUGGGGGCUCGUGGAAGCAGCUUCUCUUACAACACCAUUCCUACGACUGUUAUUGUUGUCAUUUCUUACGGGUAAUAGAAACUUACCAUUUUGCAUAUGGAGCAGUUUUGUACGAGCAGAGAGUUAAUCAUGUCUUUUUUGUUCUCAAUUCUUUAUUUUUCUUUUAAUUACUACAGAGCAUUAUUCUA